AUCAACUGUUAAUAUACCAAGACAUCUUUUCAUUUGGAUGACAUGUAAUAAAUAAUAAUUUGAUAAUUUGAAUCCAAUUUGCAUACUUAUAAGGUUCGUAUUGUAUAAAAAGGGAGAGUGGACAGGGAACAGCAUCAUUCACCACAGGUUUACUGAACUAUCAGAAUGUGGUCUGUGAGGAAUCUCGGUGUCGCAGCUCUGGUUGUAAUUGUUGUAGGAGAGGCUGUAGCCCAAGCCUUCCUCGUGUAUGAACCGAUAGCCCGUGACGUUACCGAGUUUGGUCCUUCGAGCCCGAUCGCCGCCAGAGACGGGGCACAGUUCUGGAAACUUUUAAUGCACCCCAAGUUUGAUAGGCUGAGGCGCACCGAUGAUAGAGAGUUAAGUUACGACUUCCACGAAAUCUUACUCAAACCGACGACAUCUUUUAAACUGGCGGGCGCACCUCCUCCCCCUACAGACAAAAAGAACGUAAACAAGAAGAACCAGCGCCCCCCCAGGACGCAACAGCGAGAGUCGUACGUGCCCGGAGUCACGGAGCCGGAGUUGUUCUUCAAAGUGUACGUCUAACCACAACCCACGGACAGCGGCAAUGUAGGGGAAAAUACUCCAUCUGACUUUAAUCUAUCGCGAUGAUUUUUAAUAAUUUUUAAUGUUAUAAUCGUAGUCAACAUUUUUAAUAGUCUUGAAGCUCGAUAGAGGGCUUAAAAUGUUUGAAUAUACCUAUUUGUUUAGUAUUUUUUUUUCAUAAUCUAUUGUAUAAGACGGCAUUUUUAAGAGCUAUUCAAUAUGUGAUUAUUUUACGUUUCAUCAUUACGGAUGGCAACACGGACAUUGUAAAUUAUAAACUUAGUUAUUAUAAAAACGGGUACUUAAUCACAUAUUUAUUAAAAAUUCAAAUCCAUAAACGAGUUUUUUUAGGCUAAUUUAAGAGUAACAAUAUUGCAAUAUAUUUUACAAGGUCUACACUAACAGCAUUAUUUCAAUUACUUUACACUUUCGAGCUCCUUCUCGCCACAAGUCCUACAAGUAUAAUUCGCAGAAGGCAGCUAUCAUUGUUUACACAGCAGUGGCGAAGGGAGAAGUUUUUCAAAAGGUAACCCGACACAAAAUAAAUAUAAUAAUAUCGCCACUUCACCGCAAUGUCCACUUCUGUCGUCAAGCAACAGUGUGAAGUCACUGUUGUGUUCCGGUUUGAAGGUCCCCAAUUAUUAUUGGCUACAGGUCCACAAUUAUUAUCGGCUACAUGCAGGUCUCCAAUUAUAAUUGGCUACAAUAAGAGAAACUUACUAGCCCUUGGGUGGUCGCAACUUAGCCAGAUUAUGCUAUCGUCAGUGCGUUCGCUGUCAACGUUUUAAGGGACAAGUUGUUUAAACACAAAUGGGCAAUUUGCCAUCAAGCAGAUUGUCACCAGCCGACUUUCCUUUUCAAAGUGUAGGCGUUGACUACGCGGGUCCCAUAACAUCGGCUAAUCGUCAAAGUCGUGGAUCUAAACUACUGAAAGUUUACAUUGUAAUUUUUGUGUGCUUUACGACUAAAGCCAUACAUUUAGAAUUAGUGGGCGAUUUGACGAGCAACAACUACUUACAGGCUUUGCGUAGGUUUAUGUGCCGAAGAGAAAAACCUCUUCAUAUUUAUUCAGACAAUGGGACAUCAUUUGUAGGAGCCUAUAAUGAUCUUUCUACAUUCCUUAAGCGCAAUUGUAACUCCUUAGCUGAAGAUGCGGCUCAUGAUGGAAUCAAUUUCCACUUUAUUCCUGCCUACGCCCCACAUUUUGGUGGUCUUUGGGAGGCGGGUGUUACAUCCACUAAACAUCAUUUAGUUAGAGUGCUGGGCAAUCGUCACUUAACUUAUGAGGAGCUAAACUCCACCUCAAUCCAAAUAGAGGCAAUUUUAAAUUUUUGACCGCUCACUCCGCUGUCAUCAGACGCUGAAGAUUUGCUGCUGCUUACUCCAGGUCACUUUUUAAUCGGAAGACCAGUUACUUCACUACCUGUUCAAAACUAGCGGGACUGCUCUUAUGACCGCCUGACUCGGCAUCAAAGGAUCGAGCAACUCAGGCAACAUUUCUGGGUGAGAUGGAGCAAAAAGUACAGAGUUCAGAACUUCAGAAAAGAGUAAAAUGGCAGAGUGGCAAAGAUUAUCAUUUAAAAACCGACGCCCUUGUCAUCAUCAAGGACGACAAUUUACCACCAAUUAAGUGGAAGUUGGGCCGAAUUAUAGCACUACACCCUGGUACUGAUAAUAUCUGCAGGGUGGCAGACAUACGGACUGCAGGUGGCGUAAUAAGAAGAGCUGUCUCGAAGAUUUGUCCCCUCCUCUAAAGAAACUUCGGGUUGAAAGCAAGCUUUCAACGGCUGGGGGCACGUUGCAGCCAUAAUCUAUAAAUAAAAACUUUUUAAA